AACGUCGCUGUUAUGUCCAAAAGAGGGAGUUAAGUUUCUUAUGCACCAGUUUUGCGCACUUUCACAACAGAACUCCAGAGCUCGUUGACCGGAGAGAGGAGGGAGAAUAUUGCUUGGUUUUAGUGGCUGUGGAAACUCGGGCUGUCUGGUGUCAGAUAGCCAGUCGUUCUGUCUCCUCGCCGCAGCUGAAGAACAAGCGGGUUCAUGAUCACCAGGAAAGUCUUAAUUUCUUCACACCUGGAUUAACUCAAGGCGACGUUUUUAUCUUUUUCUACUCGGUUUUGCGGCGGAGAAUCUUUUUCCUUCCUCAGGCACAAUGUUGUGGAAGUUAGCCGACAACGUGAAAUAUGAAGAUGACUGUGAGGAAAGGCACGAUGGCAACAGCAAUGGGAACCCACGGCUGCCUCACCUGCCAGCGGUCAGUCAGCACCUCUACAGCCCGUCUCCUUCCCUCUCACAUCCGGCCAGUUCGGACUUCCAGCCCCCGUACUUUCCGCCUCCCUACCAGCCUAUCUCCUAUCCACAGUCAAAUGACCCUUACUCGCACCUGGGCGACCCUUUUAAUAUUAACUCCAUACACCAGUCACCGUCAUCGAACCAACAGCAGCCGUGGCCCGGCCGGCAGGGCCAAGAAGGACUCAGCGCUCACGGGAGGAGCGGACUGGCGAGUCAGAUCUUGGGCUUGGAGGGAGGUUCGUCCGGGGUGAGGAGAGAAGGGUUCCGCCGGCCAGAGCUGCUGCAAUCACACGCGCACAGCCUGGAGUCGUCGGUUAUUGGGGACAAUAUGGGGAUGCCUGACAUGGGCCACGGAUUGGAUGAUGUACAACAUGUAGAUGACCACAGUAUUAUUAUGGCAGAUCAAACAGUCAUCAAAAAAGUAUUAGGACUACGAGGUGGCAGGAACCUUGAUCGCUUACAGAGGACUUAUUAUCAGGGGGGCAUUCUUGCUGGCCCUGUCACUCUACCUAAAGGCAAUGCACUGGGCCUUCCCUUCCAGAAAGAAUCCCUACUGGGCAUGGUAUCAAAUCCCACAGAAGUGUUCUGCUCUGUACCAGGCCGUCUUUCCUUGCUGAGCUCCACAUCCAAGUACAAGGUUACCGUGGCUGAAGUCCAGAGACGUCUAUCACCCCCAGAGUGCCUCAACGCAUCGCUCCUGGGAGGUGUUUUACGCAGAGCCAAGUCAAAGAAUGGAGGUCGUUCACUGAGAGAAAAGCUGGACAAAAUUGGGCUUAACCUGCCUGCAGGAAGGAGGAAGGCAGCCAACGUCACUUUACUUACCUCACUAGUUGAAGGUGAAGCUGUUCAUUUAGCAAGAGACUUUGGUUAUGUCUGUGAGACUGAGUUCCCUGCAAAGGCAAUAGCUGAAUACCUGGGCAGGCCGCAUGUGGAACGUAAUGAGGUUAACUCUCGCAAGAACAUGCUCCUAGCUGCCAAGCAAAUUUGCAAGGAAUUCACAGACCUGCUCACCCAGGACCGGUCACCUUUGGGUAACUCGAGGCCUGCGCCCAUUUUGGAGCCUGGAAUCCAAGGCUGCCUGACUCACUUCAGCCUCAUCACUCAUGGCUUCGGCUCUCCGGCCAUCUGUGCAGCGAUGACCUCACUUCAAAACUACCUGAAUGAGGCACUCAAACAAGUGGACAAGAUGUACCUGAGCUCUGGUAGCGACACCCAGGGAUCCUCAGAUAGUGGGAGCAAGUCGACUGACAAAAUGGAGAAGCACAGGAAAUGAGGGCACAAACAGAGAAUCCUUAAAAAACUUCAGAAUUCCUGACUCUGUUAAUCUUUCCACUCUCUGCCAUUUUUUGGACUGUUUAUUUUUUUUAUAUAUAUAUAUUUAGUAUUGUCAGUUUGAGAGAUGAAUUUGUGCGUGGGUGUUAAUGUGUGCUCACACUGUAAAUGUAUAUUUCUGAGAAGUUGUGGAUUUUUAACAGCUUGUUACAGCUGGCUGCACAUGAAGCAGUGUUGGCCCUGAAAGGUGAAAGGUUAGUAAUGUGGACUGGUCUUAUGGGAGCCUGUUCCAUCAAAUAUUAACGCAUAACAUCAUACUUACCACUAUGCAGUACUAUGAAGUUGCUAGUGGGCUGAUACAACCACAGGACUUGUGCUUUGUUACCAAGAAGAGGGGGAAAAAAAAUAAAGUGCAUUUUUUUCCUUUCCCCUCCCUAAAGGACAUCAUUUCAAGAUGAGUUGCUAUGGCUGUGAAUUCCUCUCAGCUUCCCCCCUCCUCUACUGUCUGGAGGCAAAUCCACUGAUUUCCUGUGUCUCAAUGGACCUGCAAAGGACAAUUGUUUCUACGUGUGUGUGUGUGUGUGUGUGUGUGUGAGAGAGAAGAGAAAAAUCAACUUAAUUUUCUGUAUUCUUUGUGCUUGAUUUGUACAUCCACUUCAGAAUGGCUUCAGUGUUAUUGUGCUUUGUUUAUGGGAGAUGAUUUGAGUCUUGUGUUGGUCGAUUCAGUUUGUGCUUCAUCAAAAACUUGAAAGCAUUCUCAGUGUUCAUGUAAAUUACAGGCAUGGCCAUAAUACCAUUGAUUCUCGCUGUUUUUGUAACAUGGCAGUGGGACCAAGGUAUUAACCAUCCUAAGUAUUCACAUAGCCCAAGAGGACUCAGUCCUGCCACAGUGUAUGUAUGUUGUAAGAAUGUGUGUAAAUGUACAUAUUUCUUUCUUUAAAAUGUUUUUAAUUAGACAUUAAAUCUCAAACAUAGAAUUUUAUCCAGUGUCUUGUCCUGGAUGUAAAUAUUUUUCUAAUUUAUGUUGUAAUUUAAUGGGCUUGUGUACAUAAUGGUAUCUUUCUGGUGUAUGGUUUAACUUUUUAUGACGAUGUGUUGAACUUUUAUAAAUGGGUUAGUUUUUCUUUUUUUUUUCAUUUUUUUUUUUAAAUCGAGUAGAGGUUAGAAAGUGGGUAUGAUUUACCUUUGAAAACAUGUACAAAGGAAGUGUUUAAAAAUUUCAGAAAAAAAGGAAAAUAU